GCGCGAGCGAGCCACACGAAGCGUAGCGCCUUUGCCGGCCGUCGCGUCUCCUCCGCGUCUCCCGUUCGUCUUACGGUGUGCCGCCAGCCCAGCUAGUGCAGCCCUUUUGGAUUACGUGUGUGUGACAAGUGCAGCAACGCAGUGCGACAGUGCGACCAAGAGAGUGACGACAGUGCGACGGCAGUGCAACGGCAGUGCAGUGCCACAGUGGAUUUCUCGGCCGCGCUGUCCGCCGCCCACGCCAUCGCCUCGCUAGGUGUGUAUCGCGCCGCCGGUCUGGCCCUGGGUGCCCCUGCCUCGCCUGCCCGGCCUGCCCGGCCUGCCCCUCGGACCGCUCCUGUUUCAUCCGAACGGUGGGUUUGCAGUGGGUGGCGACCGUGGAUGGAUGCAUCAGCAUAAUGCUGUGAGACAGCGCGCCAUGGUUGCCGAGCUGGUGUCCCGACAAGGGGGAUCGCCCGUCAACGGCGAGACCCCCGGCAGCUCGCCGCCGCGCCAGAGCUCCGGGCCCGGACCCACCAUCACCGUCAACAGCGCCCUGGCGCGCCCGCCCAGCGGCCUGUUCUGCGCCGCGCCGCCCGGCCCGCCCGGAGGACACCCCAACGGACUCCCUAACGGACUCCCCAACGGACACCCCAACGGACACCCCAACGGACACCCCAACGGACACCCCAGCGGACACCCCAACGGACACCCCAACGGACAUCCCAAUGGACACCAGAACGGACACCCUAACGGACACCCCAAUGGACACCCCAACGGACACCCCAACGGACACCAGAACGGACACCCCAACGGGCUGAGCCAAGGCAGGAUGUCCCCGCACUCCCACAUGCCGCCGUCGCCGCUGGGCGGCCAGCAGAUGCAGCAGCUGCAGCAGAUGCAGAUGUCGCCGCCGUCGCGCAGCCAGUCCCCCGACAACAGCGCGUACCCGCAGCGCAAGCAGCGCGAGUUCAUCCCGGACAACAAGAAGGACGACAGCUACUGGGACAGGCGGCGGCGGAACAACGAGGCGGCCAAGCGCUCCAGGGAGAAGCGGCGCUUCAACGACAUGAUCCUGGAGCGGCGCGUCGUGGAGCUGUCCAAGGAGAACCACGUGCUCAAGGCGCAGCUCACGGCCAUCAGGGAGAAGUACGGCAUCAGCGGCGAGAGCGUGCUGAGCGUGGAGCAGGUGCUGGCGUCGCUGCCGUCCAGCGACCAGGUGCUGGGGCAGGCCAAGCGGCCCAAGCUGUCGGUGGCGCCGCCCCUGUCGCCGCACUCGGCCGGCCAGCACACUGGGCAGCACGCGGGGCCGCAACCCCCGCACGCCGUCAGCCCCCACCCGGCCGGGCCCGGGCCGCACCCCGGCGUGGCCGGCGUGCCCCACCCCCUGCACCUACCCGCGCUGCCGCCGCCGCACCAGCCCAGCCUGCCCAGCCUGCCCAGCCUGCCCAGCCCCAUCCCCACGUCCGUCAUCCACCAACCCGUGGGGUCGCGCUCGCCGCCGCCGCCACUGCCCCUGCUGGGGCUGGGCCCCCUCGCCCCCGCGGCCACCGGCGGCGGCCCUCCGGACGACCAGGACUUCCCCCCGUACCCGUACCCGCUGCCGACCCUGUACCCCGCCAGCCCGGCCGGCGCGGCCGCCGCCCUCAACCUGUCCCGCGGCGCCAGGGACGACCGCGGCCUGGAGCGCGGCUUCGACCGCGCCAGCGACCGCGGCCACGACCUCGGCCACGACCGCAACCUCGACCGCAACCACGACCGCAACCACGAGCGCAACCACGAGCGCGGCCACGACCGCGUCCUGGAGCGCGCGCCGUCGCCCUACGAGCACGAGCUGUCGGGCGGCAGCGGCGACGAGGCCACGCUGCACGCGCGGGACGCGAGGGACGCCCGCGACGCGCCCGCCAACAACAACAACUGCCUGCCGCACAAGCUGCGCCACAAGUCGCACCUCGGCGAGAAGGAGGCGGCCGGCGCGCUGCUGUCGCUGCAGGCGCUGCAGGCCAUCAAGACGGAGGGCGAGGCCGGCGGACACCACCCGCACCACCACGAGGCGGACUCGGCGCGCGCCAGCCCGCCCUGGGACGCCGAGGGCUCCAGCGACGAGAGGGACUCGGGCAUCUCCCUGGGCGACUGCGGCUACGGCGGCAACGACGCGCGCCACGGGCUCGGCGCGCUCGGCCUCGGCCCGCUCGGCGCGCUCGGCCACGAGCCCCAGGACGACGCGCACCUCAAGAGCGAGCUGGCGAGGCUGGCCUCCGAGGUGGCCACCCUCAAGAGCAUGCUGCACAAGGGCACGCUGCCGUCGCUGUCGUCGCUGCCGCCGCUGCAGCAGCCCCACGUCGCCCUGCUCUGAGCCGCCCGGCGCCGCGCCGCCCCGACCGAGG